UUUCGCUUCCAGCGCUCAAUCUUAACUGCAUGGUUAUUCGUUGUUGCGGUAACCUAGUUCCAGAAGAGCUUCCCGAGGUGCGUAUAGCUCUGGUUCAGGAGAUAUGGAAAACGUUGAACAGCUUGAACGUAGCAAUGGACAUUUCCCACUACAACGCCCUUCUUCGGGUGUAUUUGGAUAAUGAGCACUCCUUCUCGCCAACGGAAUUUCUGGCGGAUCUGCAACCCAAGGGCGUUGAACCGAACCAGGUCACCUAUCAGCGAUUAACUUCGCGCUACUGCCAAUAAGG